CAAGGUGUUGGCAGGGCCUCCGCUAUCCUCUUCCCGCUUAUAGUCAGGAAGCACAGAGUCAUCUGACAGCACACUCCCAGUGUCUGAAUCAUUGUCAGAAAUUGACAACUCAGAGGCAUCCUCAUCUGGACCUGAGCCCAGAGCCCUCUCGCAGGAUCUCUGUGACUGUUUCAGGGGGAGGGAGGCCUGGCCCACGGCAGACUCCACCUGUGUCCAGGACAGAAGCCAGAGAAGACGCAUUGGUCUGGAUAACAGCACUCCUUUCUCUACCACAGUCCACGUUAAACUAGAGAAAACUAGACAAUCUUACUCGAAUUAACUUUUUAUGUGCACGACAGAGAAGAUCAUAGGGGAACUGAGCUGUAUCUCUUGCACAACAAAUCGUAAGAGAGAAUUUAAAGGAGGGAGUAAUAUAGCCUAGGACAUUCCCAUAGACAGAGACUACAGGAAUAUGAAGGCUCUUCCAAAAAACCAAGGACGAACCGAUCAGAUUUUGGGUGCAAUGGCCGAUAUGCUGACCUCUCUGGCGAUACCGAACCAGCAGUGGGACCCAGAGGAUAUCGAGCACCUGAGCGUCAAAAAAGAACCAAAGAUUUCCAAACAACCCUCAUGGGACACAGAGGAUCUGAACUGGGAAGAUACGUCAAGAAACUUCAUGAAAAGGGCACAACGAAACCGUGCAAACUCAUACUCAGCCGCAGGCAGUGAGGGCAGUAUCUCCACCUCCGUGGCCUCUCUACCACCCCAAACUUCGGGUAGUUCGGCCCCAAACUCCCCCGGCUCCCGCCGCUCCGUCAGCACCUUGAAGAAGUGGCUUACCAAUCCGGUGCGUAAGCUCAGCGUUGGGGCGGCCGGAGCAGCCAAAGGGGAGCGGCAGGUCCGCAGACCGGAGGGCAAACCCCCGCCUCAACCUACCAAGAGCAGCCAAGACCUGGGCAAUUCACAAACAACAGAAGAGCAAUUCACCAUCCUGCCAGUCAUAGACAAAGAACUGGAGUGGAGAGAUGGCUUGUCUGCUCCCGGCAACUACGAUCCAGGUAUCCUGCAGUCUCACAGCUACGAAUCCGACUCACCACAGGGAUUUACCACAAUAGGACAAACACAGAUCACCAGUCUACACGCAGAAGACAACAGCUCCCUGUUCAUGGACGACACUUCCAGCCAAUCGUCAACCACCAUAGACAGCGAAGAGGACCGGAGGAGUGCCUUAGAAAAAAGCAUGUAUGUACUUAAGGAAUUGAUAGAGACAGAAAAGCUGUAUGUAGCUGAUCUAGGACUUAUUGUGGAGGGCUACAUGGCCAGUAUGAAUGUUAAAGGAGUGCCGGAAGAUAUGAAGGGAAAAGACAAAAUAGUCUUUGGAAAUAUUCAUCAGAUCUACGACUGGCAUAAAGAUUAUUUCCUGGGUGAGCUGGAGAAAUGCGUAGCUGAACCUGAGCGACUGGCCCAACUUUUUAUCAAACAUGAAAGACGGCUUCACAUGUAUGUGGUGUAUUGCCAGAACAAACCAAAGUCCGAGCACAUCGUGUCAGAAUACAUCGAGACGUACUUUGAGGAGCUGAAACAGCAGCUGGGUCACAGACUUCAGCUGAAUGACCUGCUAAUCAAACCUGUGCAGAGGAUCAUGAAGUACCAGCUGCUGCUGAAGGAUUUCCUGAAGUACUACACGAAGGCCGGAAUGGACAUUGAAGAGCUGGAGAAAGCAGUGGAGGUGAUGUGUUUUGUUCCGAAGCGCUGCAAUGACAUGAUGAACGUCGGUCGGCUGCAAGGCUUUGAGGGGAAGAUCACAGCACAGGGAAAACUUCUCCAGCAGGACACGUUCACAGUAACAGAGCAGGACAGCAGCUUCCUGUCCCGUGCUAAAGAGAGGCGGGUCUUCCUCUUCGAACAGCUUGUCAUCUUCAGUGAGCCGAUAGACAGGAAAAAAGGAUUUUCUUUACCUGGAUAUAUUUUUAAGAACAGUAUUAAGAUGAGUUGUUUGGGUGUGGAGGCAUGUGUAGAUGGUGACCCCAAUCGCUUCGCCCUCACGUCUCGGGGAGCUGAUGGUAGCACAGUGCGAUUUGUCUUGCACUCUCCAUCAUCAGACAUCUGUCAGGCUUGGGUCAAUGAUAUAAACCAAAUACUGGAGACCCAACGCAACUUCCUCAAUGCCCUGCAGUCGCCAAUCGAGUAUCAGAGAAGGGAGAGUAAGAGCAACAGUUUGGGUCGGAGCAUGAAGCCUCCUCUGUCGGCAAUAGCUGGUUUGAGACCUCACUCUUCAGCAUCUAUUGACCGCCACAAACUGCCCUGCCUUCGCUCCUGUAACACCUCACUGCCCUCCAUCUACCUGCCCAGCCAGGUCCCCACUGAUGUCCACCCACUGCCAGAGUCAACACAAGUCCAACGCUGUCCAGCUGACUCCACAUUAAAUUCCCAGACAGCGUCUCCGGCUCACGUGCAUCUGGCCUUCUCUGAAGAUCAAUCUUUCUCGCAGGCUCCUCGAAACUGCCAGGCAGUCUCCAACGGGCUGUGUUCUGCUAGCACGCAAGGCACACAGAGCUCAGGAGAAGGGGGUCCCAGGAUUUCGCAAAGAGAUGGACGUAUGGCAGUCGCCUUAUCCAGUCUUCAGUGUUCUAGUAACUUGGCCCAGCUCGAUGAGGACGACUUGUGAAACCGCAGCAGAAAUGAAUGCGAACGGCAAUCGUGUGCACCAGAGCAUGCCACAGUCUGGACUACACCGCUAGUGGACUUCAUUUGCGUCUUUUAUCUUGUGGUAUUCUUCUUAAACCUGUGACAUGAAUUACCUAACGUGACAAUUUUUUGCGAUGUUUCUUUUUGUUGUCUUUUUAAAGAAGUCGUGUUUUGUUCAAAGAAGAAAUCAACCAUUCCUAUAUUGGGAGGUCACUGGAUCAGAAACCAGACUAAAUCUAUAAGGGUGUAUGCUUUUUGGCAAGGGUGCAUGUGUGAAUGCGUGUUUAACUUCCGAUGGCUUGAUCCCGAACAAGCUGAACGUUUUCCAUCAGCGAUGUGCUUUCAGGUUUGGAGUACAUACUGUUUUUGAACAUAAGAGGGUCCUUGGUGGCUCACGCUGGAUUUUAAAGGUUUCGCACUGUUGGUGCCUCUCUACAGACGCUGUCUUUCUAUAUCGAAUGCUCUCACGAGCUGCGUAAACGCUCUUAUGAAGGAGCUAAAGGGGAAAGAGACUCUAUAUGCAGCUAAAAUGUGUAUAUACCGUAUGUAUGUUCUGUGGUGGCUUGGCUUUGCCUUCUCUCAUUGGGUUUUGAAUAAGGAAGGAGCCAAGGCCACAUGAUCAAUCCGAUCUAUUGUAUUGGAAAGUGAGAAAUGCCCCUCCUGGAGUUUUUUGUUCACACCUCAUAGUAUCCACAUAUGAGGUCAAUUACAUCGAGUUCACCACAUGUGAUUUACAAUAAGCAUUUGCCUUGUCGAGCAGAAGGACUGUUGUUAUGAAUAAGGCAUUUUACCUUCAUCACAGAGUUUGGCUUAUGCUGCCCCCUAUCCAUGAAAUUAAUUUGGGUUUACUCUGCAUUCUUUUUUUUUUAUUCUAAACUUAGUAAAGGCCAAAGGUAAAUAUUAUAUCAUAUGUGCCAAAAAGCAGGUGCCACUACCCUAUACAUAAAAUGAAUUAAAUAUUAGGCCUAAAAUGUAAUUCUGUUCAUUUAUACAACACAUUUGUAUGUGUUAUAAACAAGAAAAAUUAUUUGUUUUAUUUACAUUCUCCAUUUGGGGGGGGGGUGUUAAGAAUCAAGUUUCUGACAAACUGAAUUAUUCCAUUGAAAGAUAAAUGAGAUUCUUAACUUAAAAAAAACAUGCAGUUUUCCCCAAAUUUACCAAAGAAGGGUCGCUAUGUGUUUGGUGUGAUGUUUAAGCAUGAUCAAUGCUUUUUUACUCAUUUUUUACUUCAUUGCACAUUCUUUCCAAUAGGGGGCACCAGAGGCCUUCAGUGCUACCUAAACAACAAAACACUUUCAAUUUCAAAACUCUGCACCAAAGCUCAAAUGCUUUAGCGCUGGCAUGUUUCAAAUGCAUUCGCAUAAAUAUCCUUAAAUGAUUGUAACAAUCUACUCUUGCCUUUACGUAAUAUUCUGACUUUGAAAUCAGCAAAAUCUAAUGAUUUGACAUAACCCUCUGUAAACUAAAAGCUUUCCUAUACUGCCUUUCCACACACGUGGAUUUAGAUCUUACAGUGUUGCAUGCUAUUUUGAAGAUCACCUCUAGAAAAAUGAAGGAAAUAGAGGAAGAAUUGGACAUGAUAUAUGUCUAGCCUACAGUAUGUCUUUGACUGAACCUAUCAUUGUAUUAUAUCAAAUUAAAGAGUGUUCUUUUGGAGCACAAGGGUGUUUUGGAACACAAAAUA